AUGGUAACCUCAAUGGCUCGAGGUCUCACCAUUGUAGUCUUCUUGCUAGUGUUUGUUGCAGCGACGAUAUCAUCUACAUAUGCGGUGAAACUCCAGGCGGACGAUGCCCCUAAUGAGGCCGAGGGGCCCACCGACACUUCUUCUGAGGCUGAGGGGCCCGCCGACACUUCUUCUGAAGCCGAGGGGCCCAAUGGCCCUGCUUUCGUCGAGAUGGUUAUUAAGAACCCCUACCCAGCUUCCAGCCUUAACUCCCGCUCUGAUGGCCUCUCGACUGACCCAACACCAGAUGGGCUCCCUGUUGAUCCGACACCAGAUGGGCUCCCGGUUGAUCCCACGCCAGACGGCCAAUUUAAAUAA